UCAGGGAGUUCAGGAACAGAAAACAAACGGAAUAUAUCGAGAAGAGAAAUGACAAGUUUAAAAAAAAACAAAUAAUAAUAGUAAACAAACCACCACACUUUUUGCACUUGGAGUUUGAAGUAGUAAAAAAUUACGAAAAGGAAGAAAGCGGAGAUGCAUGAAGAAUGAUACGUACAUACAUUAUAGAAAACUAUUGUAAUUAAAUUCAACGUAAAAGUUGGUCUGACCAAUGCUCGUCAUUUGUGGGGAUCAACCUUGUGACAAGAAAAAGAUGUGUUUCGAAGUAUAAACAAUUCUGUUACUGUAAGAAUAAUAUUGUUUGAACAUGGAGAAAUUCCGAAACCUUGACUGGCAUCCUGCAUUGGAGGAUAUGAUAGACAAUGUAUUCGUCAGGGACGAGAGAAUGGAGCAUGAAAGCGCAAUGUAUAGAAUUAUGUGCGAUAGCUUUAAAAAUCCGUUUGAAGAUAUCCUAAAUGAUUACGCCGAUGUCAAUAUAAAACAGAUUAAGAAAUACCUCCGCGAGGAUGAUGAAGAGGUUUCUCCUGAUUCGGAAGAUGAGAACUCUUAUAUGAAAAAUGAACGCAGAUCUUAUGUGCCUGGUAUAAGAAAAGUACCUUUUAACUAUCCCAGAGUGUCUCGGUUGAACAAGGCUCAGCAAGCUAUUUGCCUCAAUGUUCUUUUGAGAUUAUCUAACAAUGAAAAGAUAAUAAAUGAGAAACAGAGAAAAGAGUUCCAAGAAUACAUGGCACUGCAAGAGAUAAUAUCUGAAGAGCAGAAUGACUUUCUACAGUUUGUAGAGCAGAAAUGGAACGAUAGUCGUCAAUGGUUGAUCAAAUGUAAUAAAUUUGCGAUAAUUAAAUGGCAGACAAAAAUGAAGAGGUUUACAAAAUUACCGAGAUAUUAUGUUGAAUCUACAAACAUACCACUUGUUAUACAGAAGAUUGAAAAUUUGAAAAAUAAAGAGAUUAAAUUAACAUUCACAUCUUGUUUACGACAGAGUUUUCUUCCAGAGGUGAUAUUGCCAAAACUCGAUAAGCAAUGUGUAUUAUUUAUGGAUCCUAAUACGUUGCUCGAAAGAUAUCCCCCAUGCAUUUCACCCGACAAAGUGAUACAACAUUUUAAAUUGCCCGUGAGCGAGGAUACAUACUGCGAGAGUCUUGCAGUGGAAGCCAAAGCAGAUUUUGUUAUCUCGUCUAGCGGCCUCAAGUGUCUAUUAAGCAACGUAGAUCCGAAUUAUCCAAAACCAUGGCUCAUACCAGUAAUUGUAAAAUCAAAUCAUGAAAAGAAUAUUGUUUACGUCAAUAAAAGAUUACCACCUGCCAAGGCUACUGUAUCUGAAAAGAAUACCUGGGUUUAUAAAUACAUCCUUAGACACUAUUUUGUUAAAAGUGAAUUAUUAGACAAAGCAAAACACAUGAAAGAGGACAAACUCGAGGAGGCUGCAAACUAUUCAGAUACAGAGAGUGAUUUAUGCAAUGAUCAUCUUAAGAUCUAUGAAGAAGAUUUGUAUUUAUCAGAAGAGGAGGGACCAGAGAAAUCAGAUGAUCUAGCAAGUGGCAAAACUGAUUCUAAAAUAAAUGAGCAACAAAAUGUAUUGUAUAAUCUUUUCACAUUAGGGCCCGUAGCAUCUUCAGACCAUGAUCAGAUAAAACAUAACAUAAAGGAAUAUAAAAUGUUAGUUCGUACGAAGACAGAUGGCAAAGAGGUGUUACCAAACGACAACUCAAAGUCUUUAAUAUUAGCGCCUAAGAUGGAGCAUCAAUUAGCAAUGGGAGCUGAAGCUAUAACAUUGGAAGAAGGUUUGCACCAGUGGAUAUCAUUAAAAUUUAGACCAAAGACAUCAUUAGCUAGAGUUAGGAUAACAACCGAUACGGCAGAAGUAAUACAAAUAGAAAGGCACACACCAAUGUCACUGAGCAUUGAGAUAAAACGACUUUAUAAUGUUAAAGUAGAUGAUUCUCUCAGCAUUUUGCAUAAUAUAAUCGAAGUAUUAUCGUCUUUAACUCCUGGCCAAUACAUUAUGCGAUAUAUACCGCAGAAUGGACCGUUUGCUUAUGUUUAUAAACAAGUCGAUUAUAGGGAAAAUGCUUUUGAUUUACAUACGAUUUGUCAGUCUGGAAUGUUUGAAACAUUACCUAAAACACCAUGGCCACCUAUAGACAAAAUGAUUACAACACCAGCUAUUAGAUGUUUUCAGAAAAUGCCUGCGAUGUUUAAUCCGAAUAAUUAUACUAAGAAUGCUACUUAUGCUAAGAAAUUCGCGUCUGGCCGGCCUAGAGGACGUCCAAAGAAAAAUGCUAGUGACACUAAUCCAGAGAAAAAUGCUAGUGACACUAAUCCAGAGAAAAAUACUAGCGUCACUAAUUCAAAGAAAAAUGCUAGUGUCACUAAUAAUCAAGUUUCUGAACCCCUUCAGUGGUCUAAGAAGUGGCUAAGAAGUGGGCUACAAAAAAAAAAUACAAGUGAAACAGAAAACACAGCAUAAUGUUCUAGUAAUUUCUGUUUUGAAGAGACUUACAGGUUCCAAAUGAGCAUUUGUUUAUUUUAUAAUAGAAUCUAUCUUACAAUGACAUUCUUUAUUCUAUUUGUUUUCUUUUUUUGUGAUACUUUCUAGUUAGUUUUAUCACAUUUACACUCAUCAUCACAAGUCUAUGCAUUAAAAAGAUGUUCGCAAUCAAUUUAAAAUAAUGACCUUUUCUUUUUACGUUUUUUUUGUCAUAUAACUCUUAAUAUUUACAGAGUUAUUAACGAUUAAAGUUAAUUAAUCAGAUUGCGCCUAGUCAAAAUACGCAGAAGUGUAACAUGCCAAGGGUUCCUCGCGCUUAGUCUAUAUUCUCCCGAUUAAAGUUUUGUUCUAAUAUUCUAGAUUUGUACAGACAGAUACAAAUAUGUAUUUUAUUUUUUGUUGAUAUAUAUGAAUGAAAGGCGAAGAAAUAAAUAAACUAUAUAGAAUGUUUUUAAA